AUGCCUCGGAAGGUUUGUGCAUCCCGGUGCCUGUAUCCAUGCCCGGAGGUGACGCUCGGAACAAAAGUACGCUCCUUUUCCCGGCUGUCGGAUCACCUGAAACGCAUCGUUGACUUCGGUGACUGCAAAGCUACAUCCUGCUGGGCUUUAAAUCUUUUUGCGGUAGCAUUAAAGGUGUUUUUGUUAAGUAAACUGGAAAAUCUGCAGCCUGAGAUUAAAAAACUAGCUGAGCGUCUUCGCUAUGAAGUUUCUGUUCAUGGAAAGCAGCAGGGUUGGUCUGAAAAGGUUGCCAGGUUCCACUUUAAGAAGAACCUGCGGAGGAUUAUUACGGAGCUGUACGUUCGAGACAACUGCCAUCCCUUCAAAGCCACUUUACUGGUGUGGGUGCAGGUUCCAAUGUGGGUUUGCGUGUCCCUCGCUCUGCGCAACUGCAGCGUUGGUGCCACGGACUCGGAAGUUCAAGAACAGUUCUCAGCAGGCGGAGCGUUGUGGUUCACAGACCUCACGGCACCAGAUUCUACGUGGAUUUUGCCUGUGGCCCUUGGGCUCGUGAAUUUGCUGAUAGUGGAGAUCUUUUCUUUGCAAAAAAAGGAAGUUUCCAGGUUCCAGAAGCUUGCUACGAAUUUCUUUCGAGUGGUGUCGGUGGUGAUGAUCCCUGUUGCUGCAGCCGUCCCCUCUUCCAUGGCGUUGUACUGGCUGUCCUCGAGCUUCGUGGGACUCUCGCACAACCUGCUGCUGCGUUCUCCGGCCUUUCGCCGCCUGUGUGGCAUACCGAGGACCAAGUCUGACUCGGAUACUCCCUACAGGGAUGUCGUGUCUGCCUUGGCUGGCAAAUACGGUUUUAAGAAAUGAGGUGGUCUGAGCUGUC